AUGCAGUCCAAACCUCGGCUGCUCCCAGGGAAAGGCGGCAACACCAAAGGAGAGCGAGAGGAAGACAGAGAAGAAGAAGCAGAAGAAAGAGAAGAAGCAGAAGAAAGUGAAGAAGGAGACAAACAAGAAGGAGAAGCAGGAGAAGGAGAGGGGGAAGAACGAGACGGUUUCUGCUUCCUCUGCAGUCGGUGCGCUGGCUCGUUUGCCUGA